GCGCACGUCGAUUUUAUUGUUCUCGCGCCCCAAGGUGCGUGGUCUUGCCCUCAAGUGCAAGAGAACGUCACCGCCCAAAUGUGACGCGUGUGUGGGCCAUUUUCUUUUCUUUUCUACUCUGUUCUAGUCUGGGAGGUAGUCACUCGUUCGACCGCAUUUUGUCAGCAUUCAAGCUUUUUCGAACCCGUAUAGCCGAAGAACGAAGAACGGCGGGGCCACCUGUAGCAAGCUUUUCACUUCAUCAUCCUCGAGGACAGUCCACGUCAGCGACGAGAUGGAGUUCACACUGAACCCUUUCGCGCUAUCCAACAAACUCGUACAGAUGGGCGAUCCCAGGACCAGAGAUUACCCACUCGUCGUGAACCCUCUCUUCGUGUUCCCGCUCGUGAUCUUCUAUUUGUACUUCGUCAAGAUCGCCGGUCCACGCUGGAUGAAGGACAAGAAGCCCUUCGACAUCAUCAACCUGGUGCGCGCGUACAACCUAUUCAUGGUCGCCGUGAGCGCCAUAUUCCUUUUCCUGCACCUCAAGCUCACGUACCUUCCCGGUGGCCGCUACAGCCUGUGGUGUCAAGGUAUCACCGGCUACACGGAUGACGAGCUGACACGCUACUACAAGUACGGCUGGUUCUUCGUCGCCGUGCGAUACGCCGAUCUCCUGGACACCGUGUUCUGCGUGUUGCGCAAGAAGUUCAACCAGAUAACCCACCUGCACGUCAUCCAUCACACCCUGGUGACGGUGAACGUGUGGUUCUACACUUUGUUCGCGCCCGAAGGACAGCCGGCGCUAGGUUUGGCCAUAAACGUGUUCGUCCACAUCGUCAUGUACUUCUACUACUUCCUCGCCACCCUGGGCCCGCAGGUCCGUAAGCACCUGUGGUGGAAGAAGUACCUGACCACGAUGCAGAUUGUGCAGUUCGUCAUAGUCAUGGUGCACAUCUCCAUACCUCUGUUCGUGGACUGUGGAUUCCCUAGGUCCAUCGUCAUCAUCGGCAACCUGCAAACUUUCUUAUUGCUGUGCAUGUUUGUGAACUUCUACAUUAAGGCGUACGUGAAUCAAAGUAGUUCCUCGAAACCCGUGCUGCCGGAAUUGAAAGUCACUGACAACGGACACACAACUACUACAAACAGCAAAACAGACUAACCUCCCUUUCUAUGUCACCGUCAUCCUGUAAAUAAGGACAUUAAAU